AUGACGAAGCAGUUAUUUGAGCCGUGGCUGAGAAAGUUAAACGCAAAAAUGCUUGGCCAGAAAAGAAAAAUUGCGUUGAUUCUUGACAAUUUUUCAGGCCACCCUCAGGUUGGCUUGUCAAACGUGAAAGUAUUCUUUCUUCCUCCAAACACAACGUCUAUAGUCCAGCCAAUGGAUGCAAGCAUUAUAAAGAACUUGAAGUUUCACUAUAGGCGAUUGUUGAUGAAGAAGCGAUUGCUCUGCUACGAAAUGGAAACGCCAUUUGCAAUUAACGUUCUUCACGCUUUAGAGUGGCUAAAAAUAGCACGAGAAUUGGUUGAUGCUCAAGUCAUUCGCAAUUGCUAUUGCCACGCAGGAUUUCGCCGCGUGGGUGAAGGAGUGGAAGAGCCGCGUCUUCCGCAUUCCUUUCUGCUUUGGAGCAACGCAGAGGAUGCUGGUCUCACACAAGGAAUUGACUGGACCGAAUUCGUUGACGUAGACCAAUGUGUUGCUGUGGGGCCUAGCAGUGAGGGAGACUCCGUUAAUGAUAUUUUAGACACAGUCUUUCCAGAAACAAGAGAACCACUCAAUGAAAGCACUAGCUCUGACGAAGAAGAUGUCGAAGAAAUUGAUAAUUCUCCUCCACCAUCGUCGUUCAAAGAGGCUAUGACAAGCAUUGGAUCAGCAUUGGACUAUCUUCGGACAAUUCAAGGGUCAGAGGCAGAGUGCCUGAAAUUGGCAAAUAUUCGUGAGUAUAUGGUGGACCAAUACUUCAAAAACCAAAAGCAACAGCGCAUUGAACAGUACUUUAAACCCAUAAAUGAAAACUAG